CGGACACGCACCAAGUGGAGACUUUAUCGGCGGUGCUGAAAAAUAGGUGUAGCGAAAUAGUUCCAGAAAUGAAAACGGGCGGAAGGCGCUGGAAUCAGCCGAGAGAAAACGGUAUCGAGUAAAACGCCGGCGUGGCCGCUCUCUGCAUAUAUAACGUCCGUGGUGAAGGUUAAUUGUUUUCCGCCCCUUCUUGGAUAACAAGGUAGAAAAAAGUAGGAAGACUUGACCAGACUUGACUGAACGUGAAAUUGGCCCUUAAAGUAUUCCUUUCGUUUCUUUCAAUAAAAACAAAAGGAGAGAAACGCUUCGAACAGCUUGUCCGGAGACUGGUCCUAGAUCGCAUCCAACGUGAUCCAACGUGUUGACGAAAUGGAGAAAUCACGUCGAGUGGCGCAAACGGAGGAUUUAUCGAACGUGGAGUUCGAAACCAGCGAGGAUGUCGAGGUUAUUCCUACCUUCGACAACAUGGGUCUCCGCGAUGAAUUGUUGCGUGGAAUCUACGCGUACGGCUUUGAGAAACCGUCAGCCAUCCAGCAACGAUCCAUCAAACCCAUCAUGAAGGGCAGAGAUGUGAUAGCGCAAGCACAAUCUGGUACGGGAAAAACGGCCACUUUCUCGGUCGCGAUAUUACAGUCGCUGGACACGCAAGUACGAGAGACCCAAGUUCUGAUUUUGUCCCCGACUCGAGAACUCGCCACUCAGAUCCAGAAGGUUAUCCUCGCGCUGGGGGACUUCAUGAAUGUACAAUGUCACGCUUGCAUCGGCGGUACGAAUCUUGGAGAAGACAUCAGAAAGCUUGACUAUGGUCAGCACGUCGUGUCUGGUACACCUGGUAGAGUAUUUGAUAUGAUUAAGAGGCGAGUACUCAGGACUAGAGCUAUCAAAAUGCUGGUAUUAGACGAAUCCGACGAGAUGCUGAACAAAGGAUUUAAGGAACAGAUUUACGACGUGUAUCGAUAUCUACCACCGGCGACGCAGGUUGUCUUAGUUUCGGCCACCUUACCGCACGAAAUACUCGAGAUGACUAGUAAAUUUAUGACUGAUCCCAUCCGUAUCCUCGUCAAGCGUGAUGAAUUGACACUGGAAGGGAUCAAGCAGUUCUUCGUCGCUGUCGAACGAGAAGAAUGGAAAUUUGACACGCUUUGCGACUUGUACGACACGUUAACGAUAACGCAAGCGGUUAUCUUUUGUAAUACUAAACGUAAAGUCGACUGGUUGACGGAAAAAAUGCGAGAAGCCAAUUUUACAGUCUGUUCCAUGCACGGAGAUAUGCCACAGAAAGAACGAGACAACAUAAUGAAAGAGUUUCGUUCUGGUCAGAGUCGCGUGUUAAUCACCACGGACGUAUGGGCGAGAGGAAUCGACGUUCAGCAGGUGUCGCUCGUAAUUAAUUACGAUUUGCCUAAUAAUCGUGAAUUGUACAUUCAUAGAAUAGGUCGAUCAGGACGUUUCGGCCGUAAGGGCGUAUCGAUAAACUUCGUGAAAACUGAUGAUAUAAGAAUUCUCCGAGAUAUCGAACAAUAUUAUUCUACGCAAAUAGACGAAAUGCCGAUGAACGUGGCUGAUCUGAUAUAAAGUGCGACAAAUUUACGUGUAGAUUAAAUAUGUUUCGUGUACAAAGAUCUCUUUUUCCCUUAAUUUUGAUUACUCGUUAAUACGCGUAUAAAAGACGGUAUGAUGAUAUCAAUAAUGUCACCAUACCAACCAAUUUUCAAAACCAGUUUACUCGAAAAUUCUUCGAUAUCAUAUCUUUAAGUUAUUUUUAGCAUAAUUUAUACUAUUCUUAUAAGAGGGAAUGAUAUAAUAAAUAGAGGGAAGUAUUUCGUCGCUUUUUAUAUCGUAUAAGUGACAAAGCUAUUCGAAUGUAACGUGUAAGAAAACUGGACUAAUCAUACCUGUUUCUCACUAGGUUGCAUCAUUGAUUACGCAGUAAACACUUUUCUUUAUGAGAAUGGAAUAAAUUAUUCUUUUGUACGUCUUGAACUCCAAAGGCAUUACUUGUGUACAAUACUGUGAAAACAGAUUUCCUUAAUAAAAUAUUUUAUGAUAAC